AUGGCGGAGCUGCGGGCCUGGGCACGAUGCAGUGAGUUCCGCAGGGCCCCGAUCCGCACUGCGUCCCGCAGGGCCCCCACCACCACUGCCAUGCCUGUCAGGGUGACCCAGAGGUCCCAGGCCAAGCAGGACAAGGGAACAAAGCCCAUGAAGCCUGCAGAGAAUGAACAGAAUGCUUGCAGUGCUGUUUAUCGGCGACCCUACAGGGACAGGGUGAUUCAUUUACUUGCUCUGAGGACUUACAAGAAGCCAGAGUUGCUUGCUCGCUUGCAGAGAGAUGGAGUCAUGCAAAAGGACAAGGGCACCCUUGGAAAGAUCCUUCAGCAGGUAGCCAAGUGGAAUGCCAAGGAUAAUUCCUUCAGUCUGAAGGAACAUCUGUUUCAAACACUUCAGCCUGAUUGGCCUGGCUACACUGAAAUAGACAGACAGAAGUUGAAGUUAAUACUUUCUGGAAAAUAAUCUCCAUCUCAGAACCUCACCAGCAGCAGCCAAGUGACAUCUCCAGGGCCUUCUGAGAGAGAUGCUCCAGCAAGACCUGCUCAGAAACGGCCUCUGGCUUCUGACUUUACUAGUCCGGUGACGAGCAAGAAGAGGAGAAUUGGAACAAGAAAAGAUACUUCCAUUGCCUCCACAUGCUCUGCAACAAGCAACCAACCAGACUACCUGAGAAAAUACGUAGCCAUUGUCUCCUUGGAGCAACGCCAACGCUACAAGGAUGACUUCAAUGCAGAGUAUGAGGAAUACAGGAAUUUACAUUCUCAGAUAGACAAGAUCGUAAAGAAGUUCAGACAGUUUCAGGAGCAAUGGAAGUCUCUGACUCCAGGCUCUGAAGCCUAUCAGGGUAGCCCCAGCUACACUGAAAUGAGGAACAGGUGCCAGUACCUCCACAAAAAGCUGGCCCAUAUUCAGAGCCGCAUUUUUGAAUUUGACCAGCUGUGA